AUGGUGCAAAUGGAAGAGCUGAAAGAUGGGCCAACGCCAUCCGGGAAGCUCAUGUUCUUCAACUAUGGCUCCUAUGUGCCCACUUGGGAAGUGAUGUGGAUAACAAUCGUCAUUUUUGCGAUCUUCUUCUUAGUGUGCGCCUUUUGCUGCUUGUUCACGUGGGGAUUGUGGGAGUUCUACAAGCGACGCUACAACAAACAAGCCGAGGCGAUUCACGCGAAAUUCAAAGAAGAGGAAGAAGUUCAGCGGAAAGUCAACGAGCGAAAAACAAAUAUAACGAUGCUGCCUGAGGCGCGGAAGAAACAACAGCAACAAGACCAAGCCAGUGCUGAUGCGGCGACACUCUUUGAAGAGAAUGAUCCAUCAGCGACCGCUCCAAGGAAAACACAGCGGCAACAGACGAAAAUGAUGACAACUCUACUCACUAAUGUACAAAACGAGGAGAAAGAAGUGGAAUUUCAAGUCGAACCCCUGUUCAUCGCUGCGGCUUCACAUUGCUUGGCGAAGAACGCACCACAGGCUGCAGUCAUGGCUAUUCAAUCACCCAAUCCAUCUGCGUGCGAGAUCGGGCGAGAAGAAAAGAUCCCAGCCCGCUCGCCGGCGCCAAUCAAUUUGCGAAAGUCCAUCUCGACAAGAAGCCGCUCGCUGACGCCAAAGUACCAACGGAUUCGCUCAACGACGAGAAAUCGAACGCGAAGCAACUCACCGAAUCCGAAUCGGUCAGUGCUUGGAGAGCUCACUUCGAACGACACACAAGGCAGAGAAGAAUAUGCGCCAAAGCCUCGCUAUGGUUCACGCGUCUUCGAGUCGUCUUCGGGUUCACGCGAUUGGACAUCUUCCUACACAGAUUACCUCACUCCGGCCACAUCACCGACUGCUUCAGCUACGGCAACACCAACACCGGCAAGAAAACCGACGAAGAGCCACUUGAACAAGAGAGAUCCCGAGAAGUAUAGCCCAGCGAGUACUUCAGACGAGGAAUUCAGUGCGUCAACGUCCAAUGCAAGUCGACUGCCAUUUCAUCGCAGAACCGCGUCAUCGGACACGACAAGUUCCUCGGCUGCAUCGUCUGCGACGUGGACUUCUGCAAGAUCAACAACAACGCCCACUUGGACUCCACAAAAGGUUGCCACUCAAAAGCCGACUUUUGAGAAGAAUGAUGAUGAGACGAGCUCGAUUGAAACUAUGAGAAAAACUGAAGAUAGCGAAAACAUCUACGCCGGUGAGGCUCCGUUUUGGACGAACAAAGUUCUUGACAGAUCGCCGACGGCAAGUUCGGCUCCAAAUCAGCCCCUUCAACUCCCGAGUCAAUUUGAGGAUGAUGUUUCGAUACCCGGAAGGAGUCGACGAGUAGAGGCAAAUGCUGGUCUCCUCACGACAGCGCCGAGCGCAUUCACGCAACAACAGCAAACCCCACCGCAGCAGCAACAUCAGCAACCGUACUUCAAUGACAACAAUGGACGAACACCGCGAAGUGUCGAGAGUCGACCGUCGCUGAUUGUUGAGAAGAUGCGAGAAGCGAGCCAAUCACCACGGGUGUCUCAUGGGCAAAUUUUGAAGCGCAAUGAUUCUUUAUCACCCGCCAAAAGCAGCGAUGGACCAAGCCACCAAUUCUACGCCAAUCAUCCC